ACAGCUGUUGGUUCAAAAAAAUUCCUUUGCGGAUUUUGCCGGGUUUCGAUUCGGCGUUAUUUGAAUUCUUUUUGGAUAUUGAUUGCCGGCUGCCAAGAUGAUGCAUCUGGAGCGGUACGUGACGAAGAUAAAGCCUGCUGUGGAGGGUUUCAUGAAGGCACCCAGCAAGGACACUUUGUCUUUGGUGGAGCGCGAAAUCGAGGGAUUCAACUUUGGGGAAAUGCGCAUUUACCAGGUGCAAACGGUGGUGCCUCUGGUGCUCAAACUGGAUGAGUUGACCGGGGAGAGCCAGGAGCUGCGCACCAGUUUGAUGAACUGCCUGAGCAGAAUUGUGUCCCAAACUUAUCUGGUGGAUGAAAAGGGCCUGCGCUCCAUCCUGGUGGUGGUUCUGCAGCAGGUGCGCGACUCCAAGGCAGCCGUCAUGCGACCAAAUCUCUCUGAGGAAAUUAAACUGGCCGCCAUUCAGUGCAUAUUUGAGGCACUGCGUCGCUCCACCACCGAUGUGGUGGAGUCAUUCUACACCAAGGAGACUGCGAUGAUGAUUGGCCAGAUACUGAUCAUGCUUCUGGAGAUCAUAGAGCAGGAAAAGUACCGAAAGCUUGUCCAGGCAGCCAUCCAGUGCCUAAUGCUGGUAUUCUACGUCCAUGACGAAGCCGAUCACGUGGAUGUGGUGCUGCGCAGUCAGGUGGCCAACACCAUAUUCAUUUUCCUACCCAAGGUCCUUAUCGUACUGUUUAAAACAACCAUGAAAGACGAAACGGUCGGCGAAACCAUUAAAGCGAUGGCCAUUCAAGCCCUGGGACGCAUCAUCUGCAUCAUGUUCGAAGAAACCACUGAUGAGUUCAUGAAAAUGCGCUACGAUGUGGAUGCCUUUCGAAAGCUAUUCAAUAGCUCCCAGGAUAGUCUGGGUGAGCAAAAUGAUUUCGCCUUUUUCGGCAACAAAAAGUCCACCAGUGAACAGACUGAGGAGCGCCUACAUCAAAUGCAAACAGAGCUGCGAUCGGUCAAAUGGGUGGCGGCCACUUCGAGACGUCUCCGACCCAUCUUUGUGGAGACGAGCAUUCUGCGGGCCCACACCGCCCUGAGGGUACGGGAAAACUACUCCGACAUGUGUUGCCUGCUGCUCAAGCACUGUGCCCACAAUCUGAGGAGCAAUUUUAUCCACAUACUGGAGAGCGUGUUGGCCCUGUCGGAGGACGAGAAUGAAAAGAUUGCCCAGCGGUGCAGGGACACUCUUCUUCUGCUGCAGCAGCAGCCCAGUAGCCAGGGCAUAUUCGAUGAGAAUGCAGAGAUGUUGCUAGAUGCGCACCUCAACAAGUGGCCGCGCAUCCUGCACCGCUGCGAAGACAACGAACAGUUCGCCGAGCUACUUUUCUUCAAGGGAUUUCUGCGCAACGUCAAUGCCGACAAGCUGCAGCUGCUGCUGCUGGUGCCCAAGAACUUGGAGAUGUUUGUGACCUGUCUGCUGGCAGCUCUCGACCAGCGGACCACCAGGGAUCUUCUAAACGAGGAGUACGCUCUCCGUCGCAUCCGAGAGGGAGAUUCCAAAGCCCUUGCUGCCGAGCUGGCCAAGCUGCCUUGGCGGCAGUUCAAGCAUCUGGCCUCAAAGCGCACAGUAGACAUCCUAUACGAUAUUGGAGCCCUUUUGGGUGCUCAGCCUGCUCUUAACCGACUUAUCUUCGAUCACUGUCAAGAGCUCAUUCAGCAAAGAUCCUCGUCCAUAAAUGAGUGUAUUUUACUUUUAACUUUGAUGGUUACGUCGCCGGAGAAAAAGGCCCGUGAAAGUCGGUUGGUGCUGGCUAAUCUCUUUCUUGACCAGAUCCUUCGCGACGAGCACUGGAACCUAGCCAUUCAGCCGGACGCAGCUUGGCGCCUCAAGGUCCACAAGCCCACUCAUUGGUUUGAGGAACGUACUCCUGGGCUCUAUUCGUCGGCAGUAGAGGUUCGCACCCAGGACUGCGAUUCCGAUGACGAGCAGGCGGAGGUGGUUGGCAGCCGAGUGACCAUUGCAGACGCCCAGUUUAAUGUUCUGCACACCUGUUUCAUUUUGGACGCAGUGGGCCACUGUGCCAGGUUCAUUGGCGACACCUUCGACCGACACAUAUUUCUGAGUCUGCACAAAGUACUUCUCAAAGUGGCUAGCAGUAACACUAUUGUACACCAGGCGGCCAGUUUUGCGUUCGUUUCGAUGCAGCUAGCUCUAAGAUAUGCAGAACCCUCUCACUUCAUCGAGUGCUCCACGGACUACAUCACUUUUCACCUGAACGCAUUGCUGAAACGAUCGCCGGAUAGCACCGCCGCAGUGGACAUUCUCACCGUGGUGCUGCAGUACAGCACCAGGGGCAAUGUGCCGCACCUGGACAGCUUAUUCCAUACCAUACGUGAGGAGUGCUCCAAGUCGCACCAGUCGACCAAUGUGCACUCUUAUUUGCGCGUCUUUAAAGCAUUCCUCAAUCAUGUUUCCCUUUGGCAAGUUGAUGCAGCGGCCGAGCUUAAUUCAGAGCUUGCAAUGCAAGUGGAUGAGGAGCACAGUGUCCUAAGCACAUGGAUAAGUGUGCUGAACAGGCCGCAACUGUUGGAGGACCUGAAUGGCGACGCCGACAUGACCGAGGAGCCAGCGAAGGAUGAGGCAGAAGAUGCAGAUGACACGGAACCACAACCCACGAAGCCUGUUCUCCCGCGCCAUGUCGAAAUGGUAAAGGAUAUUCUGGGUCAGGUAAUCAAGUUCAUUUCCACCGCGGAUCAGGCGCAACAGAUUGCAGCCCUCGAAUGCUUCUCCAGCGGACUGCCACUGCUGGCGGACUAUGAGAACGAGCUGCUGCCACUGGUGCACCUGGUGUGGCAACCGCUCGUAGAAAAGUUUCGGCAGAAGGACGCACUGGUGCUCAAUCGUUGCUUCACCUUGCUGCACUUGCUGGGCGUUCAUGCCAAGGAUUUUAUACUGAAACGAAGUCUCAGCGAUGUGAUACCUCAAUUGAAGCACUUCUUGAAAGCGGCUAGCCAGCACAGCAGCAUGGAAAUCCCACAGGUCCAGACGCAGGAGUACAAACUUCAGCUGAAGCUGCUCCAAAGUCUAGCCGACUUUAUACUCGGCCUGCAGAUAGAGGGAAAACAUCUGCACGAGCUGAUGACCACCGUGGCGCUCUACCUAUCGACGGUACAGCCACCACAGCUUCAGACGCCGGCCAGAGAGUUCUUCCUUCAAUUGGUUGCCUACAAUGGUCCCUUCGUCUAUGUGACACUCUUGCAGAGGGCCCAUCUCAAAGACUACCAGGCUAAUGUUAGCCACAUCUUCGGAGUAAUGGGCUUCAGCAUAGCUAAUGGACACGACCUUGAUUAAUAAAGAACAGACCGUUUUUAUUAUUUCACAA